AUGCCAGCUAUCACCCAAGAGAUGCUCCGCAAGCGCGCGGAGUCUGUGCGCACCGGCGGCCGCGGUUCUGUGCGCCGCACCGUGAAGGCCGUCCACCGCAGCAGCGGCGAGGACAAGAAGGUGCAGGGCGUGCUGAAGCGCCUCGGCGUUACACCAUUCAAUGAUAUUGAUGAGGCCAUCUUCUACCGCCAGGACGGUUCUGUGUUUUUCUUUGACAAGCCAAAGGUGCAGGCAUCUAUGCAGUCGCAGUGCUUCGUCGUCUCUGGUCCCUACGAUGUGAAGGACGCCAGCGAGGUUGCCCACUAA